UCAAUGUUAGUCUACAGAUAAAAACCUUUUUCAGGAAAUUGCAUUGAUUUUUGCUAUACAUAUGCAUUGUUUAUUAUUAAUGUUCACUUUGAAUUCAAUGUCUCUCGAAAACUAAGUUUCCUUUGUGUAAAUUGUUUAUUUUUGUCCAAAUCAUAACUUCCUCCUAAUAAUUGAAAUGUUUUUUAAAACUUAAUAUAUAACGCAGUAAACACAUUUCAGGAAAUAAAAGUAUUGACACAUAUAAAAAGGGGUAUUUCACUAACUAUUGUGAGUACUGUAGAAGAGUUAAAAACAUUCGUUGAAAACACAAUAUGAAAACUACAUUGUACCUGUCCGUUGUUUACAGUUCAGUUUACAUGUGGGCAACUACCGACGUUGGAUUACGACCAGGGUACUGCGGCCCGGGAUAUUUUGGAGUGUUUUGUGAGGAUAUUUGCCCAUAUCCUUACUACGGAAAACUCUGCGAUUACACGUGUUCUUGCGGUAAAAAAUAUUGCAGUCAUGUGAAUGGAUGCAUACGUGCUUCCAGUUGUCCAUCCGGAUUUUUUGGUAGUUUUUGUGAAUCAAAGUGUACCUUUCCGUCCUAUGGAGUCGGUUGCCAACAAAAAUGUCUUUGCACGGAAGCAGUCUGUAACUUUUCAAGCGGAUGUCAAAGGAAAAUUGUAAAUCGUCAAACUGUAUCUUCCAUGAAAAGUUUACCUAUCAUCGGUGGAACUACAAAUGAAAGGUUAUUGAUACCGAAGUCUAAUUCAACGAUAUGGACUCCAGCACAAAGUGCAGCUGUGAGUAGCCAAACUCUAUCUUCCCUGAAAGCUUUUACUAUCAACAAAGAAACUACAAAUGAAAAAUUAAUGACACCGAUGUCUAAUACAAGGAUCUGGACUCAAACACAAACUGCAGGGUAA